GCUGAUUGGAUGAUCCUAUCCACACGAUUUUUGGCCAUCUUCUCGGUAGCCAUUAAUUUUCAAUGCCAUGGAGGGGAUUCUUAGGAUUAUUUAAUCAAAGUGGUUUUUUGGAACCCCCUACCUAUUGGAUGGUUUAAAAAGCUGAUUGGACGCAUUUCAAAUCAUCGGCCAUCGAUCAGGCGGUUAAAACCGUCCAAUCCAUGUGGUUUUUAUCUUGCUAUGGGAAGAAGAGUGAUUCGGACAAAACCCAGAGUCCUGAUCGAUGGAUGGACUGUCAAUAUAUGUCCGUACACAAGUAGGAGCACUGUAAGUUACAGUAGGUGUUGUAGCACCGGAUCGUGAAAAAGAAGUCGACGAGAAGAGAGAAGGAAGAGAGGUGCGAAGCUUAAGAACUCAAAAAGAGUUAAAAGAGAGAAGAAAGGCGCAUGUUUAUUCAUCAUGACGGGAAGCGGGCUUAUACCCGCGCUAAGAUGCGCCGGGUGCGCCAGGUUCUUUAGGAAAGCAGCCGUUUUCAUGACAGAGGACUCUGUCAACCGUCCCCUUCAACCUUUCUUAUGAAAAAAGAGCUUCUCCUUCACUCUCUUUCUCUCUCCUCGUUAUCUUUUUAUUUAUCUCCUCUCCUUCUCUUCUUCUCUGCUUCUCUUUCUUCAGUGACGUUUUACUCGGAUUCUCUUCCUCUCCUCUGCUUUUCCUCUGUUUUUUUAUUCGCUUGGAUCGAGAAAUGCAGCGGGUCUGUGUUUUCGUGCUGCAUUCAAGUUUCCCGCGUUGAAUAGGAAUGAAACUUUUCUCAAGCUUUGUAUUGGUUUUCAGGGAGUAGAGAUGAAUACCAGAGUCCGUACGACGUUGCGGAGCAUGAAAGCUCCCUUGAAAGAUGAAAAAUUGGCAAAGGAGGAGAAGGAGAAGAUAGAGAUGCAGGGGAGUAGAUUAAUGUAUGCUGAGAAGGCAUCGAACCAAUGGCGUUCAAGCAAAGAGAGGAAAAUGGCCUUACAGCAAGAUGUUGAUAAGCUAAGGAAGAAGCUCAGACAUGAGGAGAAUGUACAUAGAGCCUUGGAGAGGGCAUUUACAAGACCUUUGGGAGCUCUGCCCCGUCUUCCUCCUUAUCUUCCUCCAUCUACAUUAGAACUCCUUGCGGAAGUUGCUGUUUUGGAAGAGGAGGUGAUUCGGCUCGAAGAACAAGUUGUGAAUUUCAGGCAAGGACUGUAUCAGGAAGCUGUCUACAUCUCAACAUCCAAGAAAACUAUGGAAAAUGAGAGUGAUUUGUAUGACCAGUACCCACGGAGAAAUUCCAAGGCGGAGCUACCCAAAUCCUCAUCCCAAGCCAUGGAUUCUGAAACUUCCAUGGCCAGGCCUCUACCUUCUGUCAACUGUAAUUCACGUCUAAUACAAUUCUCUUCCAACAUUGCUUCCGAACGGAUGGAGCAUUUCUCUAAUUGGCAUUUGAAUGGGAAAAGGCAACCGAAUAAACUCCAUUCCUGUUCAACUUUUCCUGAAGAUGGGCGCGGAAAAGAGAAUCACUUGCAUGCUAACUCUAUGAAGAACAAGCAAUUACUGCAACAGAAGGCUACAAGAACCAGGCCUGCUCCAAAGGGACCACCAGCUCAACCCAGAUCGACGGAAAAGUGUCUGGCUCCACUGAAAAUGCAGCUAGAAUGCAAAGUAGUAGAUCGAGAAAGUGAAAUAGGGAGCUCUCCCAAUGAAAUGGUAUCAGAAGGUGACAGCAGCGGGCCGAAUAGAAUCUCUGAAGAUAUUUUGAAGUGCCUGUCGCGCAUCUUCUUAAGGUCGGGCAUGCCGAAAACGACUGAAACAGUAUCGGAUACAUCGCCUUCCACAUCAGGGUCUUCUUCAUGCGGAUCCUCUGAAGAAAUAGGAUUUCGAGACCCUUAUGGCAUUUGUUCUGAAUUUGGGAGAAGGGAUAUUGGUCCUUAUAAGCAUCUCUGUGUGAUCGAAGACAGCUUGAUUGAUCCAAAGCGGGUCUCGAAUUGCUCAUUUCUAAUCCAGAGACUGAAGCUCCUACUCAGAAAGCUUGCAGUGGUGGACUUGCGGGGGCUUACCCAUCAACAGAAGCUUGCAUUUUGGAUUAACAUCUACAAUUCCUGCAUGAUGAACGCAUUUCUUGAGCAUGGGGUUCCUUGUAGUCCUCAGAUGGUUGUUGCCCUGAUGCGGAAGGCAAUGAUAAAUGUUGGUGGACACUCUCUCAAUGCAAUGACGAUCGAGCAUUUCAUCUUGAGACUGCCUUACCACUCGAAAUACACCUACCCGAAAUGCGUGAAAAAUGAUGAGGUGACUAUGCGGAGCAUCUUUGGGUUGGAUUGGCCAGAGCCCUUGGUUACUUUUGCACUCUCAUGCGGAAGUUGGUCAUCUCCCGCCGUCCGAGUUUACACAGCAUCUCAGGUCGAGAACGAGUUGCAAGCUGCAAAGAGAGACUAUUUACAGGCUGCAGUCGGCAUAUCCAUGACGAAGUUGGCAAUACCCAAGCUGUUGGAUUGGUAUCUACUCGAUUUCGCAAAGGAUAUAGAGUCAUUGUUGGACUGGAUCUGUCUACAACUACCAUGUGAACUGAGGAAGGAAGCAAUCAAGUGCCUCGAACGAGGUAGUGGAGAGCCGCUCUCACAGGCAGUAGAAGUGAUUCCGUACGAGUUCAGUUUCAGGUACCUUUUAGCUCCCUAGAAGCUUCUUCCUCUAAUCUUCAGUCCACUGAUCAAGGGCUGGGAUAAAAUGUUUGUACACAGCUAUAGUAAUCAAAGUAAAAUAUAUAUUCUAUUGAUUUGUAUGUAGUGAGAGAAAGGUUUGUUUCUUUCAUAAAGGGUUUUGGGUAUGGAGACUCCUCCAUUGUAUUUGCUUUUUGAGGAGUUUUACAUGAAAAUGGCCGCCUUUGAGCUGUGCAUACUUUCUGUCUGUCAA